UACUAAACAUUAUCAACGAAUCUUCAAGAAUGUCAUGUUUUUUACUUCGCUUGUUAACGUUUUUAUAAAAAAUAAAUUCCAUUACUAAGAAUGCAUUUGAUAGCUCGAUCUAAUAAAAAAAUUUGCGAAAAAAGCACGAGUUCUCUAAAAUAAUUUAUUUACAUUAAAAUGAGUCACAGCCACACAACAGGAAAUUCUGUCAACUCUGUGUUACCAUUUCCCAGAGAAAUAGUAAUUUUUUCGAUAGUCACCGCAAAUACGUCAAUCAAACAAAUGGUGUGCAAUCAGUAAUCUUUGCUUCUUUUCUUUUUGCGUAUUUAUAAUCACACGCAUAUUAAUUUUCACUAAAAGCAAUGUCUAAGCGUCAAAUUAUAAUAAUAUUUGGAAGUUACUAAAAUCGAUCGCGUCAUUCAACAAUAUCGCUCACCAAAUUAAAAUCAUGUUUUCACGUAAAAUUCAUUAGACGGCCUCGGUGGGGGCAGACGUAAUUUCCUUGAACCAAAAGUUAAUAAAUAACAUCGAAAAUGAAUUUCGACGACAGUGCGAGCAGCGGGUAUGUUACCAAUGAGACCAUAUACGGAACUCAUGAAGAUUCUCACGUAGUUAUGUCAGAGAAGGUACAAUCUCUUGCUGGAAGUAUCUACCAAGAGUUCGAACGUAUGAUAGCGCGAUAUGAUGAGGAUGUAGUAAAAACAUUGAUGCCACUUCUAGUGAAUGUAUUAGAGUGCUUGGAUUCAGCCUAUCAGACGAAUCAAGAGCACGAGGUGGAACUAGAGCUAUUGCGAGAAGACAACGAGCAGUUAGUUACGCAGUAUGAACGCGAGAAGGCAGCCAGGAAGUACGCUGAACAGAAGUUACUGGAAGCUGAGGAUCAUUAUGAAGGAGAAAGAAAAGACUUGACUGGCCGUUUAGAAGCACUGGAUAGUAUCGUGAGAAUGUUAGAACUUAAACACAAGAACUCCUUGGAUCAUGCUAGUAGACUCGAAGAAAGAGAAAAUGAAUUGAAAAAAGAAUAUGCAAAGUUGCAUGAAAGGUACACCGAGCUAUUUAAAACUCACAUGGACUAUAUGGAAAGAACAAAGCUACUUCUAAGCACAGCAAGUGAUAGAAGCGAAGUUCGAGGCCGACUGGGACUCAAUCCUGUUGGAAGGUCUAGUGGUCCGAUAUCGUUUGGUUUCGCAUCUCUAGAAAGUUCUAUGAACGCGAUAGAACAGACCGAAAGUAUUCCUGGUAGUCCUGUCAGCUUGUCGUCGUCACCGCCAUCGCCGCCCAUCGGAGCCGAACUAGCGGCCGUGAGGACGGUCGAAAGAGCUCACCAGACAGAUGCCAUAACACAACAAAGUCAGGCAACGUCGCCUGUCGCUCUCCCGAAUUCAAACAUCGGAAAAUCUCAGACUAAGAGCGAAAAACGAAGUGGUAACACUUUGUAUCAGGAGUUGGCUUUCCAUGACACCGAUGCGAGCAUUGCCGAAUCACAAGGCGAUGAAGGUGCUGACAUCACAGGUAGCUGGGUGCAUCCUGGAGAAUAUGCGUCUUCUGUUAACGAUAACUACUUUGGCAUGGGGAAAGAAGUCGAAAACUUGAUACUGGAGAACAACGAAUUAUUGGCCACGAAGAACGCUUUGAACGUUGUCAAGGACGACCUUAUAGUGAAGGUGGACGAGUUGACCGGCGAACAGGAGAUGCUUCGAGAAGAAGUGGCCAAUCUAAGUUCGGCGCGAGAGAAACUUAGAGAUCGGGUGACUCAAUUGGAGGAUGAAUUGCGACGUUUGAAGGAGGCGAUGAGCAACAACGCCGGCGGUGGGGACAACGAGGAGGAAGCCGACGUCCCGUUGGCGCAGAGACGCCGCUUCACGCGCGUCGAGAUGGCACGUGUCCUCAUGGAACGUAACCAAUAUAAGGAACGAUUAAUGGAGCUUCAAGAUGCCGUUCGCUGGACCGAGAUGGUUCGUGCCAGUCGCGUGGACAACUCCAUCGACAAGAAGAGCAAGCAGAGCAUAUGGACUUUUUUUAGUAAACUAUUCAGUUCGAACGAUCGUCCACAAAGACCGCUUUCCACUCCUCAUCUAAGAGCCGUGGCCGCCUCACAGCCUACGAUGAGACAUUCACAAACCCAAGGCGACUUCUUGGAGGCGCAGCUUUCCGACCACCACCAGAAGCGACACGAGAGAACCGAACAAUUCCGACAGGUGCGGGUACAUGUGCGUAAGGAAGACGGGCGCACGCACGCUUACGGUUGGAGUCUCCCGGGGAAGAACAGCCAGGGACAGAAGGGACCGAGCCCCUCAGCGUCCCUGUCGUCGGGGGGAGUUCCGGUACCAGUUCCGGUUUUUUGUCGCCCGAUAGCGGAGAGUGAGCCGCGUAUGACUCUGCUGUGUGCGGCCGGCGUAAACCUGAACGGAGGUAGGACUCCGGAUGGAGGCUGCAUGAUUGGUGAGAGCGUUUUCUACGCAAAUGAAGACGAUAAGACGGAGAACAAUAUGUCCUUAGCCUACGAGAUGAGCAAAGCGCAGUCAGCGCAUUCUCCGGAGGUCGAGCAGAUCAGCAGACAGCUGCAGUCAACUCAGAGCGUGGAGUACACUGAAAAGAAUCUGUCCUCGUUGGUUUGGAUAUGUGCUAGUACACAGGCUAAAGGAGUGGUUAUGAUCAUCGAUGCGAACAAUCCGGCGGACGUGAUCGAAUCCUUUUCAGUGAGCGAUAAGCAUAUUCUCUGUGUAGCUUCAGUGCCUGGUGCCACUUCAGAAGAUUAUCAAGAUUACGAAGAACGAAUGUCUGGGGACACCGAAACGAAGCGUCAUUCGUCGUUGUUAUGCGUGGGAAAGAGUGAGUCUGUGGAGAGCCAACCUAAUGGCCCCGUCGAGGACACGAACACGGAGAACACUGAAAACGAAACUGUAAUUGGAACUACUAAAUUGAUAAAGGCAACCCUUCUAACUCCACCGAGUACUCCCGUGAAGGAGCCAGAAGAACCAGCUGCUGAUAAUGACGAGAAUCCCAAAGAAUCGAUGGUCAAGAAUGUUGAAGACGAAGCAGAGAACGACGGUCAUGACAGUCCGCCACUAAGCUCCACUCCUAAUAAUGUAACGGAGCCAUCGGUCAGUUCACCGGAGCCCGGAUUGGACGCGUUCGCACAGGAACAAUCGAACGUCGAGAACCGCGGCGAUGUACCGGACCGAAAGAUGUCCACCGUGAUGGCGACGAUGUGGCUAGGAACCAAAAACGGAAACCUAUACGUACAUUCCGCAAUGGGAAACUACAGCAAGUGCUUGGCAAGGAUCAAACUGAACGAUGCUAUAUUGGCCAUAGUGUCGUGUGCUUCUCGUUGCGUGGUCGCUCUCGCUGAUGGAACGGUAGCUAUAUUUGCCCGACUUGCAGAUGGACAGUGGGAUUUCACUCAGUAUUGGCUCAUGACUCUAGGCGAUUCUAAAUGUUCAGUGCGAUGUCUCAGUGCGGUCGGCUGUACGGUUUGGUGCGGUUACCGCAACAAGGUCCAGGUGAUCGAUCCUCGUACGAGACAACUACUUCACACCCUCGAAGCUCAUCCUAGACAAGAGAGUCAAGUGCGACAGAUGGCGUGUCACGGCGAUGGAGUAUGGGUAUCGAUAAAAAUGGACUCCACCCUCGGUCUGUACCACGCGCACACAUACAAGAACUUGUGCAACGUCGACAUCGAACCGUACGUGAGCAAAAUGCUCGGAACGGGCAAACUUGGAUUCUCUCUGGUCAGGAUCACGGCGCUUCUAAUCAGUUCCGGGCGUCUUUGGAUCGGAACCAGCAAUGGGGUUGUUAUAUCCGUGCCACUGUCCGAAGCUAAUCGAGAUCCGAUUCAUGCAACAUUAAAUCGAACGAGAUCCGCGAGUCCGACUGGGGUUAUACCCUGGUGCUCGAUGGCUCACGCCCAGCUCAGCUUCCACGGUCACCGGGACGCGGUCAAGUUCUUCGUGGCGGUACCGGGGGCCGCUAGUUCGUCAGCCAGAACACCGGAGUCGCCCCAGCAAGGUUCGAACCAGCCGCCGAUGCUGGUCAUAUCCGGAGGCGAGGGAUAUAUUGACUUUAGAAUAGCCGACUCGGAGAUGGAGGACAGCGUGGUGGUAGCCGAAGAUGGUUCCUCGAGUGGCCACAGCUCGUUAAUUGAGAGGGCCUCUAAGAGUCACUUGAUAGUGUGGCAAGUAGCGACGGCCUAACGCAGGGCCGACCGUGCGAGAGUCGACUCUGAAUCCGACUACGUAUAUGUGUGCACGUCGACUAAACCAGAGGCUCUGAUCAACGUCUGAGUCCUCUAUACGGCAUACGAACGAGUUGCAAACUUAAACACUGCAUACAUAGUACACUAAUAAAAUAUAUAAAUUUUUAGAACGAAGUUCCUUAUGGGACGGUGCGGAGGGGUACCCUAACCGUGAAAAAACGUCCGUAACGUAAGAUUUUUAUUAGUAAUGCACACAGUGUACGACUUAACUUUGUAAUAACGUACAAAAAAUAACAUUUUUAAUAACAUUUUAUCAUUAAUUGACCACGAUCUCAGAGCGUUCGUUUGCGCAAUACACUAACUCUUAUGCAAACAACCGUGAAUGAAGUUGUACCACAAUAAGUUCGCGCGAUACCGAAUGACCGUGGGUUGUUGCGAAACCUCCAGUUUUAUUUUCCUUAUACCUCGAAUAAAACUUAAAAUUAAUAUUUUUAUAAUAUGGAACUUCGUUUCUAUCCGGUGUCCCACGACACCACACAUCUUUUUUUUUUCAUAACUACCCACUUUUUUUUUCUCAGCAAAAGUGUUUAUAUGUGUGGGUGUAAAGUUUGCAGCUCGUUUCGAAGCUUUAACAUUUGUGAAUAGGCUCUCGUUAUUGGUAGUGUAUUUGUGUUAUUUAAUUUCGAAGUGUAUAUUUAUAGACUUCGUGUCACCCGAUCGCACGAUCACGUUCGAAGUGUUAAUAUUGAAAUUAUUGAAUAUCGUAACGAUAAACCGUUUGUAACACAAUAAUAAGUACGAGAGUAAUAUAAAUACACUACCAUUAAAUGAUUAAUCUAGAAGGAUUUUCGCUAGAAGUUAGAGAUCAGUAUUUUUAAAAUUAAGAGUUUGGUUGCAAUUUGCAAUGGAGGAAUUGAUUUAACAGAGUCGGGUCGUUUUCGAAAUCCACAAAUCCUAUUCACAAUUCUGAGAUUUUAAUUGAACACCUUGGCAUUUUAUAAUCAAAUUGAAAUGAAAACGUACGUGUUCAAUUAACGUUUCGGUAAUAAUAAUCUACGUCAUAAUUCGUCACACACAUUUCGCACGGUCAUUUCUCAACUUUGUACAAGUGCACGGCAUUGUACUACGAAGGACUAUGAAAGAAACUUACUUAUAUUUAUAUUUUCGUGUGCUUAAUAAUAUUCAACUAUGUAUAUGCUUGUGUGUUGUUGAUUUGUGUUUGCGUGUUCUACGUUUUCGUCAUUUGUUUUCGUCUUGAACAUUUCUGGUUUUUUAAUCUCAUUUAGAAUUAUGAAUGUACAAUGAUUUAACCACCAAAUAAUUCAUUUUAUUAGCGUUACGUAGUUAGUUUAUUGUAAUAUUGUAUGUAUAAGAAGAAUGAAUCAUUAUUAUCGUAAUACUUUAUGACGAGUUUUAGUAAAAUCUUGCUACGGUUGUCAAUAGAAUCACAACUUUAUAAUGAUAAAAUUUUCACUUGUUUGACUAUGAUUUAUUUAACGUUUUUUUUUUCUUCAUCGUUUUUUUUUUUAAUAAGCUACAAAAGCAAUUUACUGUGUGCAAUAUUUUAAUUGACUUUUUAUUUUAUGAUUAUACUUGAAUUAAUUUUACCAUGCUAUAUUGUGUGAUGAGUUUUAUAUUAUUUGCUUUUUUUUUUUUAUAAUAGUAAAAACACACUGAGUUAUUCGUUUUAUAUUACGUUAAUCAAAGUGUAAUGGUGCAAAAAUAGUUUAAGGUUUCAUUAAUACAAUGGGUUUUAUUCUAUUACAAUUUAUUUAAUUUGAUGAAAUUAAUUUUAAUACAUUUGUGACGAUGAUCGCUGGAUAGUGGGCACUGAUUUAAGAGAUCCACUAAAAAGUGAAGUGGACAUAUACAUACAUAUGUAUAACCAGUGAAUCAGGCUUGAAUGGAAACAGCGUUUAUUAUCCAGUUUAUGUUAGAUUCUCACUAAUAUUAGUAAAGCAACUACCACAGAGAUCGUUGGUCGAAAGAUUGAUAGAAUGCCACAACACACAACUUACAACACGACACGUGUUCGAUUGCUGUCUAAUUUAUGAGAGAGCUACGAAUCAUAAGGAAAUCUUAGGACAUGAGAGGUCAUAGUCACGUGGUUUUUGGUUACCGUUACAGUGGUAAGUGAACGGUUCCAUCAUUAGCGUAGUUUUUAUUAGCAUACCGCUUUAUCUAGAACCGUGCAAAUGUAUUUCGAGUAGUAGCGGUUUCCUAAUCCUCAUGAUUCUCGUUGAGUGGUUAUUAUUAUUAUUAUUAAAAUCGAUGUCUUUUUCGUUCAAAUCGAAUGUUUCGCGACCAUCGCUCUUUGUGCGUACUAGUCAAAAUAAAAAAACGAAGUAGUGAUGUAAUUUUUAUCUAGGCUUACGUUGUUUCGCUAAUUUAGGCAAUAAGGUUGGAGCCGGACGAAUUGUCAACCGCAAUGGAUCGUAACGCUAUUGUUUUGUGAUUGUACGCGCGACGGUGCUUGAAUACGGAACAUUUUAAAAAAAACGUCUAAUCUAUAGUGUAGUUAGCAUAAUGUGUGUGAUUUAGUGUUGUUUUUUUUUUUUAGAUAACGAUAUCGACGCUUGAAAGGCAAACGUGAUUAAGCGACAAUGCGUGAACUUUACCGUAGACUAAUUUAAAGUUGAAAUACCUGAAAAAAAUUCUAUUUUAACGAAUCUAGCUGUAGGAUUGAAAUGAUUUUAAUAGACCUAGAAAUAUAUUAUUUUGCGCAUCGAAUAUUGUUAUUGCCUAUCAUUUAUGUAUAAAGCAGUUAUUGUCGCUUAGUCACGUUUGCCUUUCAAGCGUCGAUAUGUUUAAACUCUGAAACUACUAAAUGUACUUUUUUUUUUUUGGAAUGUCUUAAGUCAAUUAAGAUAACCUCAAAACGUUUGUAAACAUUAAUGAAAAAUAUUAAAAUUGUUUUUAGUUUUGUCUGCAGUAACGUUUUCAGAGCACCGUCCGCAUUAAGCUAGCGCUGACGUGGGCAUUAUUUAGUGCAACGGUCUCGAGUUUGAGAUCGAGUACGUAACGUGAUUAUGUAUGGUGAAAUUUGUAGACCCAUGAUAUAGAUAUAUUGUUAACAUUAUGUAAAUGCAUAAUUUCGGAAGCUAUCGAAGUUUUACGCUUCCGAUUUGUUAGUUUGAUUGAUUUGGCAAACGGAUGCCAAACGAUGGCUUGAAUGACAUAAAAUAUAGUAUAACGACGAAUAAAUUGGCUUUCGUGAUAAAAAAAAAAAACGCAUCGUAAUUUACAUAAUUACAUUUAUCUACUAUGUUAAUCAAAUUUUUAUUAUUUCACAAUCUGUACCUUAUGUACCAGUUAGUACUUACGAUUUGAGAUUCAUAUUAUUAUUGAUUUAUUUUUUUAUACAAACGGUUUUUAUUUAUUUGUUUAUUUAUUCAAGUUCUCACAGUGGAUAAAGUAUAUUGAAAUGGAAAAGGUGGAAAUGUAAAUUAAACAAAAGACUUAUGUAAAGAAGUACCUCAUUGUGAAUGUUUGAAUCUAAGAGUAAAUAAAAGAUAAUUACGUCGAAUUAAAAAUUAUAAAUAUAUUUAAAAAAGCGGAUUGAAAAAUUGAAAUUGCUCUGAAAAACUAAAUUGAUUACGCUUUCAUCAUAUUUAAAUAUUAUUAUUAAUAAACAGAACAAAUUAAUGUUGAUUCUUGGGUUAGAAUGUUCCAUCAUUAAAAUAGAUCCGCGUCACCUGUUCGUAGUGCCUAUAUUUGCACUGUGAUCAAAAUAAGAAUAAAUAUUAGAAGUGACCUUUACCAAAUUGGUUAGCUGCAUACGUUUUUUUUUUUUGAAAUUGUCAUUAUGAAGUAACAAUCAGAGGUCAUUGGCAUGUUUAUUUUUGUUUUGAUUGCAAAGUGUAUUAAUAAUAUAGCAAAAAUUAUAUUGUCUUAAAAAGCGACUGUGAGAUAAAUUAUUAUUAUUAUUAGGUAUAUAAAUUUAAUCAGUCAGAUUAUAUAGUUUGUUCACUUUUAUCCUUAUUUGUAAUUUGCAAUCCAAUAAAAUAUAUGAAUUAUUAAAAA